CCACGUUGCACCACGACUUCCAAUUGACUUACUGCAGCCUCUGCCCCAUUCCAUCCGUUUCACUCACAGAGUGGUGGUCGCUGGAACGUUUGUUGCCCAAUUAUUUAUCUCACGACCGCCGCGUAUGCCAAUAAUGCGUCCACUGUGGAAGCGCCAUCUAACCAUAGGACGUGGUCUAACUUCCGGCCCGAGUUAAAUGUUGGGUUGUAGAACGAUCGGCCCGUCACUUGUCUGUUAACGCAUGCAGCACCAAAAACACUAACAGAGGUGGGAGCUGUGCCCAAUGGCUCCAUUUCAUAUCCUACUCGCGCGAGAUUUGCUUGCAUCUGUCUCGACGUCGAGAACGAUCGCCAUCUUUUCCCCUUCACGGAUCCGGCGUCGUCGUUGCACGGUUUCCCCGAUCUGUGAGAGAAGGGCAUUCAAUUCGAGGUUGCACCAUCGCCGUCAUCGUCAUCAUCAUCUGUGAAAGAUGAUGACGUUAAUGCCCCUUCCUUCGCGUGAUCAUCGUCAUCGUCGUCGUCGGUGUCGGUUGGAAGGACGGUUCUUAUGGAGGGAGGUCCUUCAAACCCAUGAAGGAUGAUCAUGGUUUUCUGGGGUACUUCAAUUUUUCUAGACCAACAUAGGUUCCCUUAUAUUAUGAAGACGAGGAUUUGGUGUUUCUUAAACCUUGUGAAGGAUGAUAAAGCUAAGCCCUAAAGUAUCUAAGAUGUACCUCGAGGAGCACGAGAACAAUCCUGAUACGGAUCGAAGUGAGACCUUGGAGCAUUUCAUCAAGUCACAUGGAUAUUCUGAGCUAUUUAUGAGGGCUUAUCUUAUUCCAAUCUGUGCUUCUAUCUGGUCAUGCCUUUCAGAAGGAGUAUUGCAUUUUUCAGCUUAUUCUGUCCUUUCUUUUUGCCGUAACCAUCACCUUCUUCAGCUCUUUGGCCGCCCCCAGUGGCUUACUGUCAAGUCACGUUCACAUUGUUAUGUCAACCGGGUUAGAGAAGAACUGGAAAAUAGAUCUUGUAAAAUUAAAACAGGAUGUGCUGUGCAGUCCGUUCUGAGGACUGAUGAAGUUUCUGGCCCUACAGCAGGUUGUUGUGUGUUGGCAGCAGACCACUCAGAAGAAAUAUAUGAUGGGUGCAUAAUUAGCAUCCAUGCCCCAGAUGCUUUGAAGCUUCUAGGAACACAAGCAACAUACGAUGAGUCAAGGAUACUUGGUGCUUUUCAGUACGUCUACAGUGAUAUUUAUCUUCAUCGUGACAAAAGUUUGAUGCCCCAAAACCCAUCAGCAUGGAGUGCUCGGAACUUUCUUGGAACCACACAGCAUGGUGUAUGUGUUACAUAUUGGUUAAAUGUGUUACAGAAUCUAGGUUCUACUGGUCGCCCAUUUCUUGUAACUCUGAAUCCUCCUCGUAUUCCGAAGCACAAGUUACUUAAAUGGUACACUAGCCAUCCUUUCCCGUCAGUUGCAGCCUCAAAAGCUUCUCUUGAGCUAGAUAAAAUUCAAGGAAAAAGAACAAUAUGGUUUUCUGGAGCAUACCAAGGCUAUGGCAUUCAUGAGGAUGGAUUAAAGGCUGGCAUUGUUGCUGCAAAUACUGUGCUUGAAAAGGACUCUAACCUGUUGAGGAACCCAAAGCAUAUGGUACCAUCAUUGAUGGAAUGUGGAGCAAGAUUUCUUGUCACUAGAUUUCUUAAAACUUACAUCUCAACUGGUUGCUUAACGUUGCUAGAGGAAGGUGGCACCAUAUAUGUAUUUGUAGGAAACAGCAAAAAGAAUUGCUAUAAGUCUGUCCUUAGAGUGCAUCAUCCCUUGUUCUAUUGGAAGAUUGCUUCAGAAGCUGAUUUAGGCCUUGCAGAUGCUUAUAUAAAUGGAUACUUCUCUUUUGUUGAUAAAGAGGAAGGCCUUCUGGAUCUGUUUAUGGUUCUAAUUGCCAACAGGGAUCUUAGAAAUUCCACUCGGAAGAAUAUGAGAGGUUGGUGGACGCCAUUACUUUUGACAGCUGGAGUUGCUUCCGCAAGAUACUUUUUGUGGCACAUCUCGAGACGGAACACUAUAACACAAGCUCGUCAGAACAUCUCUCGUCAUUAUGAUCUGAGUAAUGACUUCUUCUCUCUAUUUUUGGAUGAGACAUUGACAUAUUCCUCUGCAAUUUUCAAGACAGAGCAUGAGGAUUUGAAACUUGCCCAACUACGCAAAAUCUCUCUUUUAAUUGAAAAGGCUCAAAUCAAUGACAAGCAUGAAGUUCUUGAGAUUGGUUGUGGUUGGGGAAGUUUAGCGAUUGAGGUUGUUAAGCAAACUGGUUGCAGAUACACAGGAAUUACCUUGUCUGACGAGCAGCUAAAGUAUGCUAAAAGAAGAGCAAAAGAAGCUGGACUAGAGGAUCACAUUAACUUUGUGCUGAUCGACUAUCGCCAACUACCAAAUUAUCACAAAUAUGACCGAAUCAUAUCUUGUGAAAUGAUUGAAGAAGUAGGUCAUGAAUACAUGGAGCAGUUCUUUGGUUGUUGUGAAUCUCUUCUCGCUGAAGAUGGCAUAUUUGUCCUCCAGUUCAUAUCAAUCCCAGAUGAACGCUAUGAUGAAUACAGGAGAAGCUCUGACUUCAUUAAGGAAUACAUCUUUCCAGGAGGAUGUCUUCCUUCUUUGAGUAGAAUAACAACAGCUAUGGCUACGUCAUCUAGAUUCUGUAUUGAGCACCUUGAAAAUAUCGGCAUUCAUUACUACCAAACACUUCGAUGCUGGAGGAAUAAUUUCUUUGCGAACAAGGAACAAAUUCUUGCCAUGGGAUUUGAUGAGAAGUUUUUCCGCACAUGGGAGUAUUAUUUCAUGUACUGCGCCGCUGGUUUUAAAUCAUGUACGCUUGGAGAUUAUCAGAUAGUGUUUUCUCGUCCUGGUAACUUGAGAGCUUUUGGUGAACCAUUCAACAGCAUUCCCGCUACCUGUCGUUGAUUUUAUAUGUUCGUUUGGUUUGUCGGUGUUGUAAAUUAUUAUGAUUACCCAGAAAAGACGCUCUUCAUUUUCCA